CUGUGCUCAGCUGCUCGUCCAUUCUUGCGUCGCGGUGCAGCAGAUUGGGGCACGACCUGCUCCUCCCCUCCCUCCCGCCGCCGCGUUGACGCACGGCGCACCCACGGCCGGUCCGAUCGCCGGCACGGGCACGGCCCCCUCGCCGUCGCAAACACACGUGCGCGCGCUGCGCACAGCGACUCCCACCUUCCCGACAGAGCAAGCGGCGAACAGAGGAGAAGCCCACCAAGUCAGAGGCACGGCCGGGUCGCCGUCGCACUAACCCCCGCCCGGGUCAAACCCCGUCCCCCUACACCGCGGACGCGUCUCCGUCUCUCGCUCCCUCCCCUCCCCUCCCCUCCGCUCCGCUCGCGCUGCUCUGCUCGGCCCGGCUCGCGCCCGCCACCGAUGGGCACGCCGCAGCGCCCGCGCCCGCGGCAGCUGGCGCGCACCAACGCCAUGCGGAACUCCUCCUACUCCGCGGACGCCGGCGCCGACGGCGACGACGCCCUCGCGGCCUACGGCCGCAUCCAGCUCAGCGUCGACCGCGCGGCCCGCGCCUCCCCUGGCGCCAGGGCCGGGUACGCGUCGCAGACCAGCUUCCGCAUCCACGGCGGCCGCGGCGGCGGGGAGGAGGUCGCCGAGCUCUUCCGCCAGCUCGGCCUCUCCGGCCCCGAGGACUUCGCCAUCCCGCCGGCCGUCUACGCCGCCGCCAACGCCGCCCGCCGCGCCGCCUCGCUCGAGGAGUCGUCCCCUGCGGCGUCGCCGUCGGGGGUUCCUGAAAUUUCGGGACGCGACGUCGUCGUCGCCUCUAGGUUGCAGCCAGCCGGCGACGGGGAGGAAGCUGGGUUGGCCACCGAAUUGGUCCAAUCGGAGACCAUACAAGUUUCAGCAAAAUCAUAUCAACGACCAUGGGCCGAAUCCAAAGCCAUAUUGGUCGAAUCAGAGAGAGUGGAGACCUCUACACGAGAGGUCACUGCUGUGUCUGAGCCGGAGAAUGCAGGUGAAGGGAAGGGGAAUGACAAAUUGGCCAAAGUGGAAAUAUCACGAGAGGAGAGGACAAGAGAAGUGGUUGUGGAGGCCACAAGGGAGAAGGCCACUGGUGCCCUGGCUCUCGUUGUUGCAGAGUCCAAUUCAUGUGACAUCGAGCAUUUGGUCUCGCCGUCGCCGAACAGGCGGUUUAGGAGAACCAUCACAUCUUGGAUCAAGGGAGGGCAUAUCGGAAGCGGAUCAUUCGGGUCAGUCUACGAGGCGAUCAGCGAUGAUGGGUUUUUCUUUGCUGUCAAGGAAGUGUCAUUGAUUGACCAAGGAAUCAAUGCAAAACAGCGCAUCGUCCAGCUUGAGCAUGAGGUAUCCCUCUUGAGUCGUUUGGAGCAUGACAAUAUUGUUCAGUAUUAUGGAACAGACAAGGAAGAUGGCAAAUUGUAUAUUUUUCUUGAACUUGUGACCCAAGGCUCUUUGGCUGCUUUAUAUCAAAAAUAUUGUUUACAAGAUUCACAAGUAUCAGCAUAUACAAGGCAGAUUUUGAAUGGUUUGAACUAUCUACAUCAGCGAAAUGUGCUGCACAGGGACAUCAAAUGUGCAAAUAUUCUAGUUGAUGCAAAUGGUUUGGUCAAAUUGGCAGAUUUUGGGCUUGCGAAGGAGAUGUCAAUUUUGAGCCAAGCAAGAUCUAGCAAGGGAACUGUCUUCUGGAUGGCCCCUGAGGUUGCUAAGGCUAAGCCACAUGGACCUCCAGCAGAUAUAUGGAGUCUUGGCUGCACAGUUUUGGAGAUGCUGACCGGCAAAGUUCCAUACCCUGAUAUGGAAUGGACACAUGCUUUGCUCAAAAUUGGUAGGGGAAUACCACCAAAAAUUCCCAAUACGUUAUCAGAAGAUGCCCGGGAUUUCAUAGCAAAGUGUGUUCAAGCAAACCAAAAGGACCGGCCAUCUGCUGCUCAGCUGUUGGAGCACCCUUUUGUGAAGAGACCACUGCAACAUUAAGGUGUGCGAUGUGCAUAUUGCUAACACAUUUGCUUGUACAUAAGCUGGUUUUAAUUUCGCAUGUGGAAAGGUGUGGGUGAUACCGAGGAGUGAAGAUGAUCCUACAACCCAAAAGUGUUCCUUGUUCACGCUCCCGCUUUAAUUGUUUCCUGGAGAUUUCAGCAUUGAGAUAGCUAGCUUCCAACAUGAGAAGCACCUAUUGGCAUUCGGUUGAAAGGUAGCUCAGCAACAUGAGUGAGAUAUGUUUACUUAAGAAGUACUCCAUCCGUCCCAUAAUAUAAGAACAUUUUUUAUACUAUAUAAGAGCGUUUUUUAUACUACUAGUAUCAAAAACGCUCUUAUAUUAUGGGACGGAGGGAGUACCUUGCUGGCUGACAGGAUUUGUUUCUCAUGGAGCCCGUAGCCUAGUCUCAGUGUGUGGAAUGAAAGAUGUGCAGUGUGGAGUGCCAAGUGCUCACACAACAGUUCACUUUCCGACCGUGCUUACAUCACACCUGUACAGUUCACAUUCUGUUGCCAAUGCAAACUGAUCGUAUUGUCCA